UUUCACUCAAUUAUGAGAUUUCCUCAAUUGGUACGACAGUAGUCGUACUCGAAUCGCCGUCGUAACUCGCGCCGCUGAAACUCGCGUGCAAUUUAAAAAAAACGUUCGUCGUGAUUACGCGAGGGAACGAGUUGUUUGAACGAUGGAAGACUUACAAUCGUACGCGUUGCGGAAUAUAAAGGCGCAAGAUGCAUCGACCAGUACCUUCGAAAAUUCCACCGACUCGGACAACUCGCACACAAAACGAAGCCUCUAUAGUUUAUGUGUUAAUGUUAUAGACGUGGUUAACCACAUACUCGUUAUAUAUAUGACGGUGUUUCUUCUAUUCUACACAGCUGGAUCCAUGUCGGUGAUGGAUCUCCACGUGAGCCUCUGUACUGUAGGGUACGUCCUACUGAUGUCGGAGUCCAUUGUCAUCCUGGCCGGUGAAAGCUUCUUGACGAAGUUUCUUACGCGCCGUGCCAAGAGCCACGUUCACUGGAUCCUUCAGCUCGUUGGACUGAUCUGCAUCAUCGUCGGCGUCGUGGUAAUGUACAACGUGAGAAAGUUCCAUUUCCGGAGCAUCCACGCGAUCCUGGGCAUCUCCUCGUUGGCCAUCAUGAUCUUCGUGACCAUUUUCGGUUACCCGGUCUUCGUUGCCGCGAAACUUCGAAAGUAUAUUCGACCGGUGACCAUCAAAUUCGGCCACAACUUCCUGGGCAUAGCCAGCUUCGUGAUAGGAAUGGCCUCACAGUGUUACGGUUACAGAUACAACUGGCUGGCCAAAGUGUCCCAUGUGCCACACGUUCAGUUAAUGAGCAUAAUAGUGACCUCCUUGAUCACCGUGUUUUCGUUAAGGGGCGCUCUAGUGUCCCUUUACAAACAGAGUGUUUCAGAUAGAGGAAUAUUGAACUUUGGAAGACUGUGCGCGUAAAAAGGCAUCGAACGAGAAUCAUUUCGGACAAAUGGAGCUCCGUUUCUAACGAGGACGACUCCCAGGGAGAAAAUUCCGUGCUUAUAACGAGGGACUAACGCAUACGCUUUAGUUUCCCUUCGUAGCUCGCGACUAAACUCGCGAGAGGCAACGAGCGAUGGUCCAAACCGGAGAUAAUUAGGUGUCCCGUUUCUGGGGCAACCUAUGUAUCAUUGUUAUGGCGUCAACAAUAUUUCAGAUCUUAUCAAGUCGCAACGUAUGAAGCGUCCGUUUCUCUAGGUUGAAAUAGAAACGCCAACGCACGGCAGUGCACAUUUCAUAAUCUAUCUUUCGAGUCUUCUGGCUUUAGCGUUCAGGUCAUCCGUCGUGAUUCGACCUAGAUCUAAAGUUAGAGUUCUCGAACCUCCUCUGUCCACCUAUUGUUGCACGUAUUUCUCGUUUCUUUAAUUUUAAGAGCAACGUGAUCCAUGGCUCUUUCUGUUUUAAAGGUACAAUGUUACGAUAUUACUUCUAAAUACGGACAGUAGAAUCGGAAGAUUGCGAGCUUCCGGGCUACCGUGGUGCUAAAUAUCGUAGAACUGCUACCAAAAGCUAUAGUCCAACUAAUAUAGCUAUUUCAUACGUUACGAACGGAAGAUUGAAAGUGUACAAUUUUGUAAAUGAAAGUUAUUUGGUAAGCUUUUCAUUUCUGAAUUAUCUACUUUCCUGUUUUAGGUUUACUGUCACGCUAUAAUUUUUAAAGUUCAAUUUUAUAUUGGAUUUAUAAAUGGGGGAAGAUUUCUUAACACUUUGAACUAUUUUUUAUUUACUAGAAUUACGUGAGUAUUUGAAAACAGUAUAAAUAUAAAUGAACAUAGGGGUAGAUUUAUAGAAUCUUAAAUUUGUUGAGGCGUCGCAAAUCAAUAAUUAUUUCUAUAAUUUUAUUAUUUUCUGAAGUUUUAGAAUUAAUCGAAACAUUAAAUAUAAAAUAUUUUCUUUGCAUAAAUUUCAUUUUACUAGGAAACACGAAGGAUUAUUUUUCACCUUACUAUACAAAAAUUGGCUCAUAAAACAUUUUAAAAACAUGUUUGAAAGAGCAAAAAAAUAAAACUUCAAUGUUUCUGACAGAAACUUUUGCAGGUCCAAUUUAAAGAAAUAAAGAUAAAUUUCGCUAAAGUUCGCUAUUGGAAAGCAAUUACAGAAGUUUGAUUUUUUUGUUUCAUACUAAAAAGUAUCGUUGAAGAAUGUCCGUAUUACGCGAGAAAAUGUAAUUUGAGAGGUGGAGGAUUUUGAUUCUAAUCGGGUCUAUGCUGAAAACGUGUUUUAGGAACAAAUAUUGUUGACGAUAGGUCGUAAUUCGAUAUCAAGUGUAACGCGAAACGUUCCUCGGCUUGUGGGGAAAUCCCAUUAGCGCCUGUUGGAAAAUACGUGUUGCGUUAACGUAUUGCACGAUCGGAGCGCAUAAUCAAAGCAUAGAUAUAUGUACUUAGCCAAGUAAUUACGAGAUGAUAUUCGGUAUAUCCCGUAGUUGUUCGAUCGACGAUUCGUGUUUUUGCGUCACGAUACUGUCGUCGACUGUCGUCGAUUUCAAAGCUUGUCACGCGUGUUACCGUGUUGUUCGAUCUUUGAUUAAUUAAAAUGGUUGCCCGGGGACGAGAAAAUAGGUCUCUGAGAAGUCGAAGGUCGAGGAAAAUAUGUUUGCAACUGGUUUGUAAGUUUUAAGACACACUCGUAAUUACUGGGACGAGAAUUUUAUAUUUAUAGUACAACAAUGAUGUAUAUAAAAUGAAACUAUUUAUUUUUAAAUAAUAUCUUCAUAAACUGAGCGAAAGAAAUUUUCAAUUUGAACAAGAACAAUACAAUUUCGCUUGGAUAAAAUUAUAAGACAG